GUAUAGACACGAGUAGACAAAUAGGAAAUUCCAAGGACCCCAAUGCGCAUGUAAUAAUUUUGUCAAGGGUAGAUGUCUCGAGUCGAAUCGAUGCCUCAAGUACCUAAGAAAAACUCUGAUGCAGCCAAAUUAGAAGUAGAAUAUAAAUUUUUAACCACACGACAUUUAAAAUAUUUCCGUUCGAAUGUUAAGUGUGCCAGUAGGACUAAAAUUUAGUGCGUGUUAAUAGGUCAGGCGUAUACAGUUCGGGAGGUGAAAAACGAAAUCCGGGAGAGUCAGUCGGUCCAUUGAGAACUCUGGUUCCGUACUUUAAUCUGAAAUGUUAUGUAACCUCUUCUAAUAUGUCGUGUACUUUUACAACGAAUACAUUCCGGCUAAGAUUCUAAUGUAAUUCUGUUCAGGUAACGUGGUCAAAUUGAAACACGUUCCCUUGUGAUAGGAUAGAAAAGCCAAACAAGCUAAGUUUCAUUGGAAAAUUGGUUAAGAGAGAAAUGGAAUCCGCUUCGCAAGUAAGUGUACCCCUGAGAUCCGGUGGAAAGAAAAUGCGAAAACGAAGAGAACUGGAUGCCCUUGUAGCACAUUCGUUGGCGAAAAGGGCUAAUAAGAAGAAUUGCGCUGGAAAUGGUAUUCACUCCCAGGAUCAGCUUCUCUCCCCAUCAACAGAUGAGCAGGAUGACAUUGCAUGGCCUAAAGUUGUUCGAACCUCGAACAGAACCAGACACAGGAAAUUCUCAUUGAUACAAACGUGCAUACCAAUUAUAUUUGUUAUGUCAGUGGCACUAUCGUUAGGUUUUGUCUAUUGGUUACAUUUCGAUCUUAAACAGCAACUCUACGACUAUCGUAGUCGAAUUGAAGAAGUGGCAUUAACCAGCCAAAAUGUGCCUGACGCUCUACAAAAAUGGCACGAAACAUCGAAAAUCUUAGAGCAAAAUCAAACUCUUCUAGCUAAUAAGCUAGUCGACAUUCAUAACUACAUAGAAGAAUUACGAAAUCGUUUUUCAAUGUACGAUGCAAAGUUGAAAGAGACGAAAGACUAUCAGAAAGAUGAAAAGUUUGUUGCGGAUUUCGGGGCUGAAAUUGCAGCUGUUAGCGCUGAUGUUGAUCACAUCAAGGAGAAAUUCGCUGAUAUUCAGAAGGGGCAAACCGAUUUUCGUGCUGAGAUUAAUACACUUAAGGCAAAUUUCAGUGAGGCGGUAAUGAAUGCGACACGACGUGCCAAUAACAAUGAAACAAGUUACAGUGAUGAACUGAAAAAGGCUCAAACAAUUAUUCUUAAAGAAAUCAAAACAUUGUCAGCGAAUGUUAGUUCAAUUAAUGAUACGCUUAGUCAAAAGACAAAAAUGUUGAGUGACGAUCAAAGAUCGCAGCAGAGACUAAUUGACUCCUUGCAGGAAAGAACAGCGAAUAUUACUUCUCAUGUUGAUUCCAUUGAACGCUAUUGGAGUCAGAAUAAGGAAGUCCUAACUGACUUUGAUACUUUUAAGAAUAAUUCAAAUUAUGAGCUUCAAUCGUUGAAAAAUGCUACAAUCGAUUUGAAACACAAUGUUGAAAACGUCCGUCUAGAUUGCAGUAAGGUUCGGAGCGAUGUGCUGCAGUCUUUAAGUAGUACUAGUACUAAGGAAGCAAAAACGGCCAACAAGGAUAUGUCGCGUGAAAACGACAAAAUAAAGGCAGCUUUAAACGCUGGCGAUGAACAAGCCGCAACUUCAAAUGCAUCAUCCAAUGCGUCUGUGGUGCCUCAACCUUCUAGCAUGAUUAAAACAACGCCAGGAACAGCAAUUCCGCCUUCUGCAGUACCAACAAGCACAGCAACAGAAAGUAGUACUGUUGUUGUUACUGCGGCGGAAGGUAAACCAAAAUUGUUAAGUAUUCAAACCAUAAGCAAACCCGUCUAAUCCCUACACACAUUUAUAUUAUUUUUUUAUUUUCUAUCACUUUUGAAAAAUAUAUACAUAAAUAUAUAUAUACAAACUUGAAAGAAAUGUGUCAAUUUUUUCCCAUGAAACAAAAUGCUACAAACGGCAACAAUCAUCCAUCCCGUCUAUUUCAUUCGUUUCACAUUCAAUACUCAUUCGAAUUUGAUUACAUCUGAUAGGGGUUUCGGUACAAACAAGUAUUUUUAGUUACCAAACGUAAGCAUUGAGAUCUUAUUCAAUUAGUAAAACAUAUUGUUAAUAACUGAGUAUGUGGAGAGGCGUAUAUUCAACGCGACUCUCUCCUUUCAACACUACUUUCUUGAAGAGUAAAGGAUUAAUGGAGUCUGUAUCCUUGAGAUUUGCUUUAAUGAAAUAUAAAAUGAAGAUGAAUUCGAAAAAUGAAAAACAAUGAUAUAUAUUAAAAUUAUGAAAUCUAAAAAAAAGAAAAUGUCCAGAUUUUAAUAAGAAAUUCAUUAUUAAGUGUUACCCUUUUUUGUUGUAAAUUUUUUGAGAAUUAUUAAAUAAAAAGAGAUAAGAAAUUUUUGCUAUCAUUGUAUCAAAAAA